GUGAUAAGUGAUAACUUUUUAUUAAUAUUUAUUAGUUAUUACUCACAUAAACUAAUCUUUUUAUUCAAUGUUUGUGAUACUGUAAUACUAUUUUCACUUAUGUAUUUAUAUUUUACUGCUGUUGUUUCUUAAAGGUUUUAAACAAUGGUUGUUACAUUACGUAUUAGAUCAAACAUAGAGUAAUUAAUUGUAACUUCAACUUUUUGUUAACUGUUUUUGUCUGACUGUCAAAAAAUAAAAAUGGGUAUAAACAUUGAAAAUAUUAUAAAUGAAAUAAAAUUUGAUCAGAAGUUAAUUAGUGUAUUUGAAACAUACAACAAAUACAUCAACUAUCGAUUCGACUAUCUCGUCAGAACAAGUAUUACUCAUACACCAGAUGAACUCAAUCACUAUGUUGACAAUUCUGAAUUUAAUGCAAGUCAACAUAUUUCACAACAUUUUAAUAAUAGUAACAAUAGUUUAGACAAUGUUACAAAAAUGCGAGAAGAAUUAAAAACUUUAACAAAAUUAGUAAAUGUAAAAAGAAAAGAAUUGAGCAUAAUAACUAUUAAUGAGGAUGGAUUAAAAAAUAAUAUUAAACAAUUAGAAGAUAUUAUAUCAAUUAAGAAAAAUUACAUCAGUGAAACUGCCAAAUAUGCAGAAGUCAGAUGGAAAGCAAAGCAAAAAGUUGAAAAAGAGUACAAUAGAACAAACAAAAAAUAUAUUAAAAUUGUAAGUCAGUUAAACAAAUCAAAAACCAAUUAUGCUAAUGGAUCUAGUAAAUAUAUGGAUUACGGGGAGCGAACAAAUAAUAGGAUAUUACAAUAUGAAGAUAAAAUUAAAAAGAUGAAUGAUAUUAUAAAAAUUGCCAGUGAUAGUAAAGAAAAAUUACUACAAUAUCAAAUUGCAUUACAAACUUCUAACGAUCGCUUACAAAUAUUUUAUGACCAAUUAAAUAACCAUAUAAAAAAUAAACAAGAAAUUUCAUUAUUAUUAAUACAAAAUGAAAAGCGAAUUAAUCAAUUGAAAAUUAAUUUAUCAAAAUUGGGGGUUUUAACGAGCAUUGAAAAAAUUAGAGUCCGUACAUCAUCAUCAAAUUUAAUUGAAAAUGAUAAUUUAAAAAAAGAAUUUUUGGAUUUGCAAAAUACGAGGAAUGAAAUUUUAAGUUCACGUCCUAGAGGAAUGUUCAAUCCCAAAUAUCAAAAGGAAAAUAAUUUAUUCAAAGAAGAUGUUCGAAAAUAUUUAGAAAACGAUGAAGCAAUUGAUUCCAUAGAUUAUUUAAUUGAAUUAAAAAAUAAUAUGUGCAGUAAAGAUCCAAAUUUAUUAAAUUUUAUUCAAACGAAUUCAAAUGAAAUAAAAAUUUUUUGGAAGUGUCUGUCAACUUUAAAUAUUGACGAACUAAAGAAAUUGUUGGUACAUUAUUUUAUCAAAGUUGUAGAUUUAAAAGAAUCUGGACGAGAAAAUGAUGAAAUUAUAUCUAAACUUGAUGCAACGAGUGAUAGACUUAAGCAAAAUAUUAUGUCUUUGAAUAAUAAUUUUCAAGAAUUUCAUUUGUCAAUUGAAAAAAAAUUCAUGGAAUUAAAAAAACAUUAUCAAGCAAAACUUAAUAUGUUAUUUCAACAAAUUCAAGAAGAAAAUAAUGCUAUAACAAUGUUUAAAAUGAGACAAAAAAUUGUAGGACUUAAAAAGAAAAUAAUUGAAUUGGAGAAGUUACAAACAGUGAAAUCAAAGGACACUCCAGUGAUGCCAGAACCCCAAAUCAGUUUAAAUCUUCUAGAAGCAUCCAAAUCAGAAUCUGAAACUAUGUCAUCUGCCAAAGUGAUACACCACAAAAACAAAUUGAAGAUACUAAAAAAUAAAUCCAAAUAAAUUUACAUUUUGUAGAUGUCUUACAGAAAAUAUAUAAUAUUUGUAUAGGUUGACUUAGGCUUCAGUUUGUAUUCAAACUUCAAUUCCCUUUCUGCCAGGGCCAAUGCCUAAAAUUAUAAGGUUUAUGAAUAAUUGUAUUUCAAUUAUAUUAGUGCAUUACAAAUGUUUUACACAAUGUAAUAUAAAAAUAAAAAUAAAAAUAACGAUUUUA